AAGCACCGAAUAAUAAGAAGAAGUCAGUGGACAAGGGACCAAGAAGCUUUAUCCACAGCUAGCCUGCCAGUCAGCUAAGACCAACACCCUGAUAUCAAACAUGCUUGCUGAUAGUCAAUUUUUAAAUCUACGAAAUAGAUUUAAGAAAGACGCUGAACUUCUCAUGCAAGGGGUUUCAGCAGGUGACAGCAACGAAAAGAGUCAAGAAGAGAAAGAUGCCAAACCACUUCCUCGGAUCAACCGCCAUUCCGUCUUCUGGAUUGUGGCUUCUGUCGGCUUGACUUACUAUUUCGACUUCCUCCGCGUCAUCACGGAGAAUGGCGAUAUCAGAAGCUGGUGGUUCAAUGUUGGUGUGAUACUGCUGGGAAUAUGCCUAGCUUUGGCCAUGUUUUGCAUCGUAUACCUGGAAUGGUUUAAGGGAAUACAGCACUAUGAUCAUGAGUACCCUGCGAUUCCUCCUAUCACCACAGCAGCCUUCCUCGCAGCAUCAUGCAGUUUUAAUAUAGCACUGUGGCCUGUGUGGUCGUUCCUGACCCCCGUCCUCCUGUUUACCCAGUUCAUGGGAGUUGUUAUGCUCAUAUCAAUGCUUGGGUGAAAUGUUAAGAAUUUGGCAGUACUUCUAACCGGCCUCACCACUGCAGACCACAUGUAACAACGCCAGCCCAGGACCUCCACAUUCGGCUUCUUCACCUGCGGGAUUGUCUGAGACCAGCCACCUAGACAACUGAUGAAACUGUGGAUUAUUUAUUUUUGUAAUAAAGCCCUUGUGUGGUGAAAAUUCAUUCUGAUUGGGUGGGAGCUGGCUCCUCAAGUGUGUGGGCCGAUGCCCUCCCAGGCCCACCCGUAGCUGCACCCCUGCCCAGUCGUGAAAUCCAUCGAUUAGGGACACAUUUAUUUCAAUUGAAUGAUUUCCUUAUAUGAACUGUAACUCAGUAAAAUCGUUGAAAUUGUACCAUGUUGCGUUCAUAUGUUUGUUCAGAGAGCUAAAGCACCAAUAAUAACUAAGUACCUACUUCGGAAUGCAAUUAUUUUUGUUUAUUUUACAGUACUAAAGCCUCAACAUAAAGUGAAUGACUACAGUUUGACUGACUUUUAAAAUAAAACAUGUUUUACAUGCAUAUAUUAUAUUUAAGAAAUUUAACAAAGCAUUAAGUGCUUUAAUAGUUUUUGUAUAUGUUUUUGAAUAAAUGUUUAGUUUUCUUUGUGAUUCAGAAAGCUAUUGUGCUAUUAGCAGUGUAAAUGUGUCUGCUUAAAUUAAAACUUUUUGUUAUAUAAGUUCAUUGUUGCUUAUGUCAACCUUGUUUUCCUCUAUUGUUGGCAAAAAGACUAACCUUAAGUCA